UUGGUGUUGUUCUCUCCCGGGCCUUCUUGCGUCUUGCGUCUGCUCUCGCCAUUUUCACGCUGCAUCGUCGUCCUUGCUUUCGCUCGCUGCUUGAUGAGAGUUUGAUUCCGAAAUAACACCGCCACCGCUCACACCCUGACCUGCUUGGCGUGCCUUCUUCUUCUUUCUUCUCUGUCCUCCUCCACAUCCUCCGCAUCCACAUGCUUUCUCCCAUUCUCUCCUUGCCGGCUCAAAUUCCACCCUUCCAGCCAUCUACACACGCCGAGACGCAGACCUAUCCCGUUGACGCUUCCUCCUCCCACCACCACCGCCACGACUGCACCCACGCGCGCUCUCAACACCAAUCACACGAGCCAGAGCUUGUGUUGUGUUUGCCUGAGCCUUGCCGCAGCGCAGUCCGUCCUCAUUUUGCUGCUUUCAUCUUCGCCUCGUUCCCAUCAGCUUGAGGCGCGUCUGUGACCACCACCCUUCCCCUCUUAUCGUUUUGUCUGUUGACCAGACCCCUGCCACCAACGCUCUCCUCCUCCUCCUCCUCCUUUCCUCCUCCCCCAUUUCUCCCUCCUCUCUCGCUUCUUCUCCUUCGCUCUGUGAGUGCGAGUUCAUCCGGAACCCGCUUUGCACACCACCCUCGAUCGUGCCUGUGGCACAAGGGCAUGCGCUGAGCUGCAAUGUCCAACACAUAUCCCGGUGUGCCUGCUUCCUCCUCCUCCUCUUUUGCCUCGACAUCCCUGUCUCCGCUGCAGCACUCUAGAACAGCAACUGCCAAGACAACCAACACCACGUCAAGAGCAACCCCCACGCCGCCGCCGCCCCGGCUCUCUGCUUCGCCGGAGGCACUCGCGGCAACCUUCCCAUCAAAGAAGGCAUCGCACAUUGUCGAAGCGCGCAGUUACCGCCGUGCAGCUGUCAAGUGCUUGCAACAAAGCGACGCCAUCUCCGCCGCACACAACUACAACAAGGCCCUCGGCCUUCUCCGCUCAGGGUCACACUCGCUGAGCGAAGAGGUGUCGAUGUUGGUGGACCUUGCGCGGACUUUACUCAAGUCCAACCACGUUGACGAGGCUGAGCCUCACAUUCGUCGAGCACACAACAUCAUCUCGAAUAGCGACCAGCAACCCUCCUUCUCCGCAAAGCUGCGCUGGUCCUGCAGCUUCCUCUAUGGCAAGGUCUCUCUGAAAAGAAGACAACACAGCCUCGCCGUCUCCCUCUUGAAAGACGCAAAGCGAUUGUGCCGAGAAGCAGGUGACGACGACGCAGAGACGCUACGCAUCACCAACAUCACCCUGGCCCAGGCCGUGUGCGCGCGUGCACAGGUUGCGCAGUGCCAGCCCGUGGAGCUUGUCAUGGCCCUCGACGCCGUCAAGGCGUACCUCGCCACGUUCCAGCCCACGGACACCACGCAGGAAGCCGCCGGCAAGCGCGCCCAGGCAUACCACGUGCGCGCCAUGCUGCACCGGCACAUGAGCGAGGACGAGGAAGAGCGCAAGUGGCUGCACGAGACGCUCGUCCUCAACGAAGAGCACGGCGUGCUUUCCCAGGAUAAGGCCGAUGCCAUCAAGGCGCGGUUCAUGCACCUCUGCGCCGCCACGGGCAACGGCAGCGGUCAGCCGCGCGACGAUGACGGUGACGACCUCCGCCUCUACAACAACUACGGGCGCCCGUACAGCCACAGCCAUCCCCGCCACUCUCAUCCACACCACAGCAAUGGCUACGGCAACAGCAACGGUGUUGCGCACGCUGCCUCAAGCCGCUUUGCCGCGUUUGACGGCUACGCUGACGACCGCCAUCGCAGCGGCAGCAACGCCUCGGCAGACAUGGUUGCAGAAUCGGCAGCACACGUGCGGCGCUCGCUCGCCCCGCGCUUCACCUUUGCUGCCUUUGACGAGCCACGCUCCUCCUCCACACCUGCCUCCUCCUCGUCAACCCCAAUGGACACCCUGCUGCACGGCAGCCCGCACAGCCCGGCCUCCUCUGCCACUUCUCUGGCGUCCCAUUCGGCCUCGCGCCCCACACAGCACCACAGCGGACGCCUGGGCCACUUUGCCCACCCAAACCCACAUGUGUAUGCGCUUGCGCACGCGGAUGAGGCGCAUGGCAUCCGUGCUUCCUCGGUGCCCGUCACGCGGUCUUCCAGCCCCAGCCCGCGCGGCCAGCCUGGCUCCCAACGCAAGCGCUCCUUGCACAACUUCCCGCGCUCCUGCGCCUCCCAUACCUGUAUCCACUCCCCCGAACUGCACUCGCCGCGCCGUGUUCAAUCCUCGGCAAACCUCUCCCCAAGCAUGGGUUCGCAGCAGCUGUCAUCCAUGUCCACUGCCGAGCUGCGCCGCCUCCAGUCGAUGCACCAUGCCGCCGUCCGCGACAUCCAGGAUGCCAUUGUCACCGCAGAGAAGCGCUCGGCAUACGCAGACGGCAAGGCCAUGGUCAUCAACUGCAAGGUGUGCUUGGAGAACAAAGUGUCGGUGUGCUCCAUGCCCUGCCGCCACGCCUGUCUCUGCGCCUCGUGUGCAGAGCAGAUUACCGAGUGUCCCGUGUGCAGAGAACCUGUGCAAAGCACAAUGUCCAUUUUUCUGUGAGGCGAAAUAGGGGGGUGGGUGCUUGUUUUGCGCCUUCCACUUGGGAGUUGCUACUCCCCACGUUCAUGCCCCUCUCCGUCGCUCCGUCGUAUGGUGUUGCGCAUCCUCUGCGCCACCACUGAUGUGCCUCUCUGUUCUUUGGGGAAACAUACAAACUGUUUGACCGCUUUUAUCCUUCUUUCCUCCUUCUUUCCUCCUUUCCUUUGCCAUCGAUGCCCUCUCCGGGCUCGCAGCACCACUUUUGUCUGUGUGGUGAAGUUACAGCUUGCUGCGUGCACGCAGGCACGCAACCCCGCAGAGCCGUUGUGCUUCGCUUGCUGCUUGCCACACAGUGUUGUUUGUUCUCCAUUCCCUCCCUCGCUUCCUUCCUCGGUUCUAUUUUCUACCCUCUGAUUCUCUUGCAUUUCCCCUGCUCCCUUUUGGGUGUUGUUGUCUCUCUCCCUUUUUUCUACAUCUUGUUCAUUCCUUUCGAUGUGUGCAUCUUUGAGUGUCUGCCUAAAUACUGCUGCUGCUGCUGAACUGUAAUGUCUUGAGCGUGGUGUGCUUGCGCACCCUUUUCUGCUCUUGCGUACUCCCUUUUUAAGCGUCGCCUUCGUUGUUAGCUUUCUUCUUGUCCCGCACCGCUUUCGCACCCUCUGGUUCAUCUCAGUGGUGAGCUUAUCCUAAGUCUGUCUGUUACCGUGCUUGUGGACACGUACGAUGUUCUUUUUGGGCGGGGGGAGGGUGGAUUGCAUGAACCCAAGUCUGCAUGCAUGCCCAUCACCCGCAUUGUUCUUUACCUUGCUUGGAAGGCCAUGAUGCUUGCCCCUGCCUGUCACCAACACACGUCAUGCUGUUGUUACUUGAACCCUCUGGGGUGGGGGUGUGCAUGUAUUUCUACGUUUGCUUUUGUUCCCCAUUUUCACGCGUUACUUGCACCACCAACUGUGUCCAUCAGCCACGCGCUUCCUCCCUUAUUCCUCCUUUGUGUUUGUCGAGGGGAUUAUGUUUGUAUGUUUGCGCGUGGUGAAAUGUUCAUCUGCUCAGUGAGUGCUUGCUGUUAGCUUGUUUCUCUUCCCACGUAUGUGUGUCUUCUCUUUCCAGUUUUUCCGUUGCGGAAAGCGUCGAUCGCUGCUUUGUCAACUCGCUCCAUGUGUCUUUGUCUUUGUCUUUGGCGGGUAUCAAUCCCAAACGCCAUUCGUUCGUUCGUUCGUUCCCUCGUUCAAACGUAACAACAAUAACAACA